UUGGUCGAGCCUGAACCGUCAUGGCUGCGCCCAUGUAACCGGCCCCACCGCGGUCAAUGGCGGCGCAGGCCCGCGGGUCGGGAAUCACCAUGCUGCGGGCGGCGUGGCGCGCGCUGAGCUCUGUUCGUGCCCAGGCAGUGGCACAGGCUCCAGGGUCUGCGCUGCGGGACGGAGGGAGCGCCAGUCUGCCCUCAGCACGCUGCGGCCUGCAGACUCCGAGUCUCCUGCUUGCCGCCCGUGCAUACGCCACCCAGAAACCAGUCCAGCCCAGCCGAGAUGAUGAGCCACCCCCUUCCGCGUUCAUCAAAGAAUACAACAGCAUCCUUCCCAACAUGGAGAAGGUUGAUGAUGUCGUGAAAAGAAUCUUGUCUUUGGAAAUGGCCAACAAGAAAGAGAAGUCAAAAGUCAAGCAAGAACAAUUGAUGAACAAGAUUGCAGAAAACCCUGAGGAUUCCAGAACCUUGGAGGCUCGAAUUGUUGCCUUGACUGUCAGGAUCCGCAGUUAUGAAGAACAUAUGCAGAAACAUCGGAAGGACAAAGCCCACAAACGCCAUCUGCUGAUGAGCAUCGACCGAAGGAAUAAGUUGCUCAAACUCCUCCGUCAGACCAACUAUGAAGUCUUCGAAAAGGCGUGCAAGGAGCUAGGGGUGGAAUAUACCAUACCUCCUCUGCAUGCCCAAAAGGUCCACCGCCGCAUCCUGGCCAAGAAAGCUCUGUGCAUUCGGGUUUUCCAGGAGGUUCAGAAGCUAAAGAAGCAAAGAAAGGCUUUAAAAGCUGCUGCAGCAGCUGCCAAAAAACAACGUAACCAGGAGGUACCAGAGGACCCUUCCCAAGCCCUACCAGACAUGACCAGAAAAAACUAAUAAAGUCUGUUCUGCCUUGAAGAAUGAUAGAAGAUGGCCUUCCUUUCAGCCUGAGGAAGAGGGAUUUGUUCUCCAUUUGGCCCUGGGAUCUCAGAGGCAGAGAACCUGCCUUCACCCAGUGGAUACAAUCAUAGAAACAUGUCAUGUUCUCUGUUUCUGAGAGGCAAUGCUGACCGGAUAGCAGGGCAGCUGUAGGAGCUGUCUCCUGGACUGGGCCCUAAAAGAUGGAGUUUACUGGGCAGAGACAAUGGCGUGUUGGCAGAAGGAACUGCAAGUUAAAAGGGAAAGAGAUCUAGAGGUACUCAUUCAGGAACAGUGGGACUCAGAAAUUCAAUGUAGAACAUUGGAGUUAGGGCUUCAGCAUGUAAGUGGGUCUGGGGUGUAAAAACGAGAUGGCUCAGCGGUUAAGAGCACUGGCUGUUCUUCCAGAGGACCCGGGUCCAAUUCCUAGCACCCACAUGACAGCUAACAACUGUCUGUAACUCCAGUUUCUGGGGAUCUGAUACCUUCACACCAAUUCACAUAAAAUAAAGUUAA